AUGAAUGUGGAAAUGAUAAGCGUAAGAAAAAGAAAAAAAAUUGAAGAGUUAAUUCAAUCUCAAGCAGGAGCUCUUGAAAAAUUCUUGAUAAAAGAACUACAAAUUUCAAAUGAAAGUCAUUAUGUUGAUAAUAUUGAUGUUGAAAUUAUUGAUAGUGUGCCCAUUGAAGAUGAUAAUGUUGAUAGUGUGCAAAUUGAAAAUGAUAAUGUUGAUAGUGUGCAAAUUGAAAAUGAUAAUGUUGAUAGUGUUGAAGGGAAUAAUGAUGAUGAUAAUGUUGAUUAUGAUAUAUUUGAUCCAAGAAAUUGGGAGCGCCUUCCACCUAAAUUGAUUGAUUUAUUGGUUGCAAAAGGUCCUAGAGAUAAUUUGAAUAGACGCUUUACAGCUAAUUUGAAUACUAGAGCUUUAGCAAAUGGUGAGAUGUGUGAUAGAGAUUGGCUUGUUUAUUCGAAAGAGCUUGAUAGAGUAUUUUGUUUUUGUUGUAAAGUUUUCAAAAAUGGGAUUGGUAGGGGACUAUUAGCAAAUGAGGGAUAUAGUGAUUGGUCACAUGUUGGUGCAAGAAUUAAAGAGCAUGAGUUAGGCAUGGAACAUGUUAAGAAUAUGACUACUUGGUAUGAGUAUCGUCAAAGGCUGCAAAAAUUUCAAACUAUUGAUAAAACGACUCAAAGAUUAAUUGAGAAAGAAAGGGAUCAUUGGAAAAAAGUUUUAAAAAGAGUUAUUUCAAUAGUGAAAUUUCUUGCUAAACAUAAUUUGGCCUUUCGUGGUUCUAAAGAGAAAUUGUACGAAGAUAGCAAUGGCAACUUUUUGGGUUUGAUUGAAAUGUUGGCUGAAUUUGACCCAAUUAUCCAAGAACAUGUUAGACGUGUUACAUCUCAAAAAGUUCAUGUUCAUUAUCUUGGGCAUAGAAUACAAAAUGAAUUGAUUGCAUUGCUUGGUUCUGCAAUUAAAACUGAAAUCAUUAGUAAAAUCAAACAAGCUAAGUAUUUCUCAGUGAUACUAGAUUGUACUCCUGAUGUUAGUCAUCAAGAACAAAUGUCUUUGAUAAUAAGAUAUGUGAAUGUUUCUUCAACCUCUGUUAGCAUUGAGGAAUCAUUUUUAGGAUUUUUAAAAGUAAAUGAUACAACUGGUCAAGGGCUUUUUGAUGUUUUACAAAAUGAAUUGAAAGAACUUGGUCUCGACCUAUUUGAUGUGAGAGGACAAGGGUACGAUAAUGGGUCAAAUAUGAAAGGAAAGCAUCAAGGUGUACAAAAUAUAUUUUUAGACGUUAACCCGAGAGCCUUCUAUACUCCUUGUGGUUGUCAUAGUCUUAAUUUGGCAUUGUGA